CGUUAACAAACAUCGAAAAGAGGUGUGACUCUCUAGUCCUUCAGCAGCUCUCUAUUAGCAAACUAAGCCGGUCGAGCUACUUCGUGGCGGAAAAACGAAUCAUUAACCCACUUGUCAGACCACGAGAAUGUCGAUCCAUACCCUUCUUGUCAACCGCGUAUGGAGCAAACAGAUGUAAAAUGCUCAAUGGGAAAGGGAUCUCUCGUUUCCUUUUCGAAGUAUCAUUACCACAGAACUGACUUUAGUCAGUUGUGUGAUCACGGAAUAUUGCCUCCAACUCACACAAGCUUCGCUACCAAAGACAACUGGACUUAUUCAUCACAAGACCGGCUCAACCAAACCUUAACCAUCCGUACCCUUUAUCUAUUGACACCAUGGGCGAAAUUGGAGAACACUUCAGGGACGUCAAGGAACAUCGUAAGCAGCAGGAGCAGAUAACCCCGCCUUCACAACGCUGCUAUGACUGGAUAAUCGUGAUGGGCAGUCACUACGCCAAGGAUCGAUCUUGGUUCAAGGAGUAUUAUCCAAUCAACGCAAAUGUCGGAGGCAGUCUGGCUAUUGGCAUCGGAACGGUAGAAUUGGAAGUCAAGCACAGCCCCCAGGACCAGAGCACACACACUUUGGUGUUGGAGGAUGUUUUGCAUGUUCCGGAGGCUAUCAGCAAUGCAUUCAGCCCAAUGCUUACCGGUUGCAAUCAGUCCUGGGUUCGAGGUGGCACACAAGGAACCGACGCAGCUGGGCAACCGUUGUGGUAUGGCACUGAGUUCUGUGGACUCUCAAGACUUGCUCUGGCGGAGGUUCCGCAAGGCGAGUCGGAACUUGAGCGAUUAUCGAGGGAUGGGACUCAUUUCAUGCUCAGCUUGUAUCUUACAGAGGAGCAGCAGAGGAACAUCAGUGAGCAAUUGAGGGGCAGCAACUGAGUGGUUGGGAGGAAGAUCCUCUUGCAACUCUGUGUGAGCGUUUUCAUUGAUAGCAGGGACAUAGAGACAUCUCACCCACGAAAAGUUUUCUUCCAACGAUAAGAGUAUAGCUAGCAUCAUGUAUCAAUUCCUUCAUCUGCGAACCAGGGGUGCGCUUUAUCAUCCUAUGAGUUGAUGCAUUAACUAUUCCAGUAAGAAAUGCCCUCUUUCUGAGCGACAUACCAUUUCCCCUGGCGUUUCUGAAUCAUAUGAAUGGAGAGAAGCCCCCUGAAAUAUUUGCACGUCAAGUGAGGGAAACUCCCAGUCGUGGAUAGAACAUUUCCAUCCGGCGCAGGCCCAAGGAUCGGGGGAAGCAAUAACGGCAG